AUGGCAUGUUUUGGGAUGGCACGUUUUGGAAUUCCCAGCUUGUACAGUAUGGAGCUAGGGAUGGCACACAUGUACACCCAUGACAUGGGCGACACCCCCGCACAACUGGUCCUGGACAAGAUGGCACAGGCCAAGGCACGCAGACGGGAGGAAGAAAUGAAGGAGGAGCUAAACAAAAUCAAGAUCAGGGUGGAGAAUACCAUUGGUUCAUUUGAGAUGCAACAGAAAUGGUUGGCUGACCAAGGUUUCACCAACAUGGAGUUCUUCGAUGACCUGGCUCAGUUGGAGGCAAUCAUCUCAGACUCUGUCCAGAAGAAGAAGUACCAGCAUCAGGUGACUGUGUUCAUCGUGGGGUAUGAGCAGGCCUCCAUGGAGAGACUUCAGCUGCUGGUACAGCUCAACGAGUUCUUUGUGGUGAACUCUGCUACCAAAGAAGAGGACGUGUUCCCCAUGUCCCCUGACAUAGACCUGGAUGACGUGGCAGACAGCGUGCGAUCUGCACUCGACACCGCUGAGAAGGCCGUACUACGACUUGGACAGCUCAACCACGACCUGGUGGCAUUCGUGGGGACACACAUCUCAGCUAAGGACUCAAAAACAAAGAGUAAGAAGAAGCUGGAGAAAGCUUUGAACCAGGCAAAGGAUGACGUCCUACAACUUACCGAAAAGUUGAUGAACGCCCAGGCUGAAAUCAAAGAAAAGGAAGAGAAGAUCACAUCUAUGUUCAAACAGAUGGAGCUGAAAACUAUUGAGCUGCAGAGGUACAAGUCUGCUGCAGAUCUGGGCAAGAAAAAUGCGGAGAAAGUUGCAGAGGUGGAAACGGAGCUCGCUGUGAAGGACGGAGAACUGAAGCAGCUCAGGUCAAAGGUCGAUGAACUCCAGGUCAUGUUGGAGCAGGCCGAGGCCGCCAAGGAGAACGCACAGACGAAAAACCGCGACUUCACCAAGGAAAAUGAGGACCUAAUUAAUGACCUACAGUCCAAGCUGAACCUUGAGUCCUACAAAAUGGAAGAUGCCAUUGAAGAACUGAAGGCUCAGUACAAGGAACAGAUCACAGAUCUUAAGUCUAAACACAAAGACGAGAUCACACAGCUGAACGAUUCUCACAUGGAGGAACUCAAGAAUUUCCUGGGGAAGGAUGCUGACCAGUACUUGGGGUCGACUGAUGGGGACAUCCGAGAAUGGGCUUCGUCUAGCGAGGACGAACGCAGCUUUCCCACAAAAGCACGCAACAAGAACCUGAGACAGAAAAAGGCUGCCGCACAGAGGAGAGAUGAGCUGAGGAAAUCUACUGACUCCAUCGAUGAGUGGAGUGAGGAGGGAGGGGGGAUGGUGGAGCCAGCAGUGGUGCACGCCUCUCUCACACGGGUACAGGCACAGGAAGCACCCAGUUCCGGUGACGAGUCAGUGUCCACUCCGUCCCGUUCGGAGCCGGUGAGCGGCGGCCGUCCACAGCUGGGCAGCAGGAGCAUGUCCAACCUCACACCGGUGGAGGAGGGUCAGUUUGAGGGCAGGGCCACUGUCCUGGAGGAAGAGAACUGGGAGGAGGUGUCAGAUGAAGAACUAAGACAUAAGUUUGCAGAAUACAGACAAAAUGCGAGACAGCAUGUCCAGGACCUGGAGUACCAGCUGAAGAUUGUCGUCAACAAGAGCAACAAGAGAGUCAACCUGAUGAAGGGACAGAUGCAGGACCAGAGGAACAAGUUUGAAGGGGAGCGUCAGGUGUUGCUAGAGCAGGUGUCGCAGGCGCAGCGGCUGCAGGAGGAGGCUGAGAAGGAGGCAGAUGAAGCCAUGAUGCAGCUGGAAGAGUUCAUCAAUGAGCAAGAGAGGAUUGAAAUGGCCCAGGCAGACGUGCGUGCCCAGAGGGAGGCACAGGAACAGCAGGUGGCAGACGCAGGUGCUGUCACAGUUACUGCAGCUGUCAGCCAGGUGGACCUCCAGUUGGCUGAUGUGAACACCAGAAGAAGUUCCACAGCUAGUGCCAAACUGGAGUCAGUGUUUCCUCCUGCAGAGGGGCUGGAGACAGAGGACAGGGAUGCCACAGCGCGGGCGAGCAUGAGCAGCAGAACCAGUCAGAUCCGGGCUCAGCUGGAGGAGAAACGUGCUGCCAUGGCAACCAGGAGGUCAAACGCCAAGGUGUCGGCGGGGUCAAGUUUCCACUCCGACGUGGACGUGCCUCUGGGAGACUACGAAGGAGGAGACUGGGCAGAUCGGGAGAUUUCUACACAGAACACUGCCAGCAGUGUAAGAGCCACAGCAGACCACCCAGCCGUGAAGGAGUACCUGAAAACUUACAGCAGCGUGGUGGACUUUAAAAACAACCUCGCGAAACUCAUGAUCGACAAAGAAAUGAUGUCAGCGUCCCAGUUGCUGAAUGACAUCACACCAGUCCAGUUUGACAGCAGUCAGAGUGUGCAGCAGCAACUUAGAGAGAUGAAGGUUAACAUCAGGAUAGUUCUUCAAGAAGUGGGGACCAUCUUCCAGAACUGUGUUUCUAGUGACUUGGACUAUCGUGUUUCGUCUCUCAUGGCGUCGCGGGAAGGUCCCGGCAGCCGGCCAGCGCCGUCUCCAGUCCGCGCUCCGCUGGGGGUCUCACCGUCGGAGGAGGAGGCUCGCAGACAGCUGGAGGAGGAGCUGGAGAAACUGAGGAUAGAGCUUGACACGCGUACGAAGGAGCACGAGGACCAGCUGCGGCGGAACACGGUCGCCAUGAUGGAGAUGCAGGACGUUAUUCAGCAGCUGCAGCGUGACGUCGGCCAGGGGUCAGGGGUCAAGGUCGACCUUGCACCCUCACCAUUGGUUGUUGGUCCCCAGCCUAGUCCAGAAAAGUACCCCGCUCCCGGCACGCCCACAGAGCAGUCCCACCCCCAGCCUGUAGUGGAAUCUGCCAUCAUGUUCAGUCGACUGGACUCCGAGAGAAAUGCCAAGAGUCUGAAACGGGCGGUGAACAGUGGACGGCUUUCUCCUGAUGUGUAUGAGGAGGUGGUUGGCAUGAUGGACCAGUACGUGGAGAUCCCGGGAAAGCGAUUGCGCCACCUAGCGGAGAAGUACCUGCAUCACAGCGAGAUGAAGGCGGUGGAGGAAAACGUGAGGCGCAGCUCCAGUCUCAACGGAGAAGUCUUCAAACUGCUGGAGAAGAUGGAGACUCUUCAGAACAAGCGAGCGCAGAAGUGGAGUGCCCAGAUGGACCGUAUGGGCGACCAUCGUGUGAGACUGGCCAAUCUUCUCAUGGACACUCUGGAGACCAUCGAACAGGAGUCUGGCAUCUUCCUCAUCAAACCUAUGUUCGCUUACAGGGGGAGAGCGAGGUUACGGAAGUAUGACGGAAAAAUCAGCCAGAACUACCGCACGCCGAACUACGGGCGGUACACACACUUCUGCGAUGCGCCCCCUAUCAGACUGAUGAAAACUCCAGCCCCGACCCCGGCCGCCGUGAGACAUCCGAGCGACGCGGCGGCCGCCAUGUACGCUGCAGUGCAUGUUGGGCCAACGUCGGGGGUUGUACAUACCACUCAUAGUAGGGACAAACCAUCCAUUCCUCAGCUCAGGAAAGAGGAGGAAGAUCCAGUACCAAUUGACUUGCCUGUACACGGAGCUGAGUAUGUAGUCAUCCAGGACCCAACUGAAACUACUUGGAGUCCGAGGAACUCCCAUGCUCAUGCUCUGGCAGAGACCAAUGGGGCGACUCCAUCUGUAACACACCUCAUGAACACACCUCGUAUCCUGGAGCUGGAUGUAAACAGGAUGCUGAUUGGUCGAAACACCAUCAGUUUGCGGAUCCCUAAGCCGAGUCUGGGAGAUGACCGGCUGAAAAACAUCGCUCAGACGAAUGUGAGGUCGUACAUGACCUUGUCUCGACCUUCAGGAACAGGAGCCUCCAGUAAGAAACCCAAGAGACCACAUUCCACCACAGGUGCAGACUUGCGAGGGUUUGAGCCUCCCCCCUCCACCCCCCUGCUGCGGCACCCUGCCAGCGCAGGACCCAGGGUCGCCCCCUUCCAAGUCUCAGACAUGCCCAGCCCCCGCCCUCUACCCCCCAUCAGGCUCCCAACAUCCGAGAAAAAGUCUCGCCCCUCCACCUCACAAACAGGACACCUCACCGCAGAAUCAGCCUCCCCAGCUCCGGGACCCACCUCCCCCCCUCGCUCUCCCCCUGGCUCUUCCAUCGGCCCUAGUCCUGCUCUUCCACCCUCUGCCACCCCUCCCCCUGAAGAACCCCCUCCCCCUGAGGAACAACCCCCUCCUGCAGAAGAAAACCCCCCUGAAGCUGCAGAGGUCCAGGAGAGUUCAGAGGUUCAGUACGAAGACAGAGCAACUUCAGUCAUGACUGAGGCAUCACAACAGUCCGGAUCUGUUGUUGAUACGUAGCAACCUCGUAUGAAAACAUACAUUGCCAUGGCGACGGCAUGGGUUUAGGUCAGGACUUACAAUUCCGGACCUAAACCUCUGGACUUGAAUCCAGGCCUGAACCUAAGUGUGGGUUUAGGUACACAGCACUAAUCAUUGUACAAUGUACUCUUUGACAGAUCAUGACUUUUGUAUGACAAGAACAUAUCAGAUUCAAGAACAUUCUUAUAAAGUGAACAGAGACCUGAAAGUUAGGAGUUUUCUACAUAAUUAUAUACUAGUAUGCAGACAAUCUAAGUACAAUUCUGUUAAAAAUGAUGUGUGGAAAAAAGAUUGUUUAUAGUUGAGGAAAUAGAUUUUACAGAAGUGUACAGAAUGUCACAUUUGAAUCAAAGAAAAGACAAAUGACAAUGAAAUAUACUUUAAGUUAACAUUUUUAUCAUUAAACAAGAAUUCAUAUUAAGAUUAUAUAUUAUAUGAAGUAUUUUAAAGUUUGUAAUUAGUAACUUUUGAAAAUCCUACUUGUUUCUUAAAUGUGGUUUUGCAUAAUCUCAAAAUAUUUUUGUACAAAGAUGUCACUGUAUAUAAACAUGUUGUAUAUUCUGUCUUCUGCUGUACUUUGUAAAUUUUGUAACAGCUAUCUGUAUGUAUGUGUGAACCAGAAAGAAAAAGAUCCGAUGUAUAUGUGCCAAAUUGUUGUUUUAUGUAGAAUAAAAUACUUU